AUGUGCGAUGCAAGGAGCCUCUGCAACCUCAACAUCACCUGGUCAUGGCACCCUUGCAUCAUUCCUCCAGACUGUGACACUGCAACGUCCUCAGGGAUCUCUAUGGGCGAUCAAAGACAGGCUACCCUCUGCGAAAUCGGCCAACGACGGAUGGACGCGCUAAAACAAAGACUUUCCACCAAAGGGAAAGACGAUGCCCAGUGUCCACUACGUUUCCAAUCGCUGCGCGAGCGAGGGCCUGCGGAUGGGAGCUCCCGGCCUCAAUAUAACCCCAGUGGAAACGACAUGAGUAUCACCGAGGUGUUAGGGCCUUUCGACGAACACCCCACGCCGAGCUCCGACGAGCAACGUUGGCGUGCUAAAAGUGUAUAA